AUGGACUCUGUUCUACGCCAGUCCAAGGCCAUGUGCCCCUUCAUGAAGAAAGCCACCGCCGCGGGGCUCCGUGCCAUGUCGACGGCCACCCCGACUGCCGUGUCACCCUGCGGUGGCGCCAUGUCCAAGCUGCAGGUGCUCGCCCGCCGCUGCCCGGUCAUGGGCAAGGCCAUGGCUGUCCAGUCUGCCCGCGUUGGCCACGGCGCUGGUUUCCCCAGCGUCGCCGCCAAGGCCGGCAUGUCCACGUUCCAUGGCCAUGCGAAGACCAGUAAGGCGAAGCUGCACACCAGCCGCCCUCAGGAAGCCCAGGCCGUUGAUGGCGCCGUUUAUACCGGCCGCGAGAAGGUCCAGCUGCCUCCUCGCCUUCCAACCAAGCACCACGCCAGCGCCAGCCCGGCUGCUACCACGCGCCCCGCCGCCCCGACCGCCCGCGGCGGCAAGUUUGACUAUGACGGCUUCUACAACUGCGAGCUGGAGAAGAAGCACAAGGACAAGUCGUACCGGUACUUCAACAACAUCAACCGCCUGGCCAAGGAGUUCCCCCGCGCGCACAUGUCGAGCAAGGAAGAGAAGGUCACGGUCUGGUGCGCCAAUGACUACCUGGGCAUGGGUCGCAACCCGCGCGUUCUCAAGGCGAUGCACGAGACCCUCGACGACAAGAUGCCCGACUGCGUCAUCCUGUCCGACAGCCUGAACCACGCCUCGAUGAUCCAGGGCAUCCGCCACUCGGGCGCGAGGAAGAUCAUCUUCAAGCACAACGACGUGCAGGACCUGGAGGAGAAGCUGGCGUCGCUGCCGCUCCACGUCCCCAAGAUUAUCGCUUUCGAGUCCGUCUACAGCAUGUGCGGCUCGAUCGGCCCCAUCGAGGAGAUCUGCGAUCUCGCCGACAAGUACGGCGCCUUCACCUUCCUCGACGAAGUCCACGCCGUCGGCAUGGCGACCGGCGGCUGCAGCAGCUGCACACGCGCGCGGAGAAGGAAGCUCUUCGAGGAGCGUGGCAUCUCCGUGAUCUCUAAUCCGAGCUACAUCGUACUCAUCUCUCGUCGGCAACGCCGAGCUCGCCAAGCAGGCCAGCGACAAGCUCCUGCAGGACCACGGCAUCUACGUGCAGAGCAUCAACUACUCGACUGUCCUCGUCGGCCAGGAGCGCCUGCGCGUCACUCCUCACGCUCGGGCUACACUAGGGAGUACUGCGAGGAGCUGGUCAACGCGAUCGAGAGCAUCUGGAACGAGCUCGGCAUCAAACGCACCAGCGACUGGGCGUCCGAGGGCGGCUUCAUCGGCGUCGGCGUGCCGGAUGCCGCGCCCGAGGAGCCGCUCUGGACGGACGAGCAGCUGGGCAUCGCCGAGGCGGCGCGCACGCUGCUGCAGGCCGCCGAGGCCGAGCAGAAGACCGCCCCUCUGACGGGCGGCUUUACGGAGAGGCUCCUGGCGAAGGAGAUGAAGGGGCUCACGAGCGCUAGCGUCGCCGCUUAG